GUUAAUGAAAUAGCUUGACCUCCAUUGGCCCUAUCUGGUCACAUGGUUCUCUAACUUUAUUCAGUUGACAGCAAAUAGGAGGGCUUUAUGGUGGUGGAAAAAAGACAACUCGAGAAAAAAUUGUAUUUUCUACCUUCAUAAAUUAAUGGCCAUGAGUUCGUAUAUGCUGAACUCUAAGUAUGUGGACCCACAAUUUCCCCCUUGUGAGGAAUAUUCGCAAAAUAGCUAUUUACAUGAGCAGGGGAGAGACUACUACGGUCCAUCGCAGGACCCAGAUCUGCAGCAUCCAAGAAUCUAUCCACGGUCAAACUACCCCGAGCAACCUUUCAGUUGUACCACUGUGCAUGGUCCCACAGUGCAGCCACGGGGUCAUGUGCAGGGGCGAGACAGCCACCCUAGCACUUUUACCGCACAGACCGAACCGUGUACCCCGGUCCAAGUGACUGGAUCCCGGACUUGUGAACAGCAACAAAACACAAAGAAUCAAAACGGGAUACAAGCCAAGCAGCCUGCAGUAGUUUACCCGUGGAUGAAGAAAGUCCACGUAACUACGGUAAACCCGGAUUACACAGGACCUGAACCCAAACGGGCUCGGACAGCUUAUACAAGACAGCAGGUUUUGGAACUGGAAAAAGAAUUUCAUUUUAACAGGUAUCUGACCAGGCGGCGUCGCAUAGAGAUUGCCCAUACACUCGUUCUCUCCGAGCGUCAGAUCAAAAUCUGGUUUCAAAACAGAAGAAUGAAAUGGAAAAAAGACCACAAACUACCGAACACAAAGGGAAGAGCUGCAUCUGCUUCCGGCCAACAUUUACCAAGUAUCCAGAAGGAUAACCAGACUGAUGUCACCAUUUUCUAAGAUGGGAAAACUUUGACCGUUCAAUGAACUGUAAUAUAACAUACUAUAUUAUCCAAUUGACUUUGCAUGGUCUCAAAACAUGACAUGAUUUUGGUCAUUGUGAUUUAACGUACAAUAGUUAUAAAAUGGCAGUUACAGUCAGAAGGGCCCUCGAUGUGUUGGCUCAUUGAA